AUGCACGCCUCCUUCGCCGCCCUCCUGGCCCUAGCCACCCCCCUCCUCGCCAUCCAAAUCACCUCCCCCACCAAAAACUCCGUCGUCGACCCCUCCAAGGGCAUCACCAUCCAGUGGUCCACCGUCAACACCGACCCGUCCUCCGCCCACCUGCUCCUCGUUAACCAAGUCGGCGGCCACACCCCUUUCACCAAGGACCUCGGCGAGGUUGAUCUGUCCGCUGGGCAUAUUACUGUCUCGGUCGCUGACGUCCCCGCUGAUUCGGGGUACCAGUUCAAUUUUGUUAGUGUGGAGGAGCAGAACACGGGUAUCCUCGCCCAAAGCCCCCAGUUUCGCGUUAAGGCUUCUUCGGAUUCUUCGUCGGCUUCGUCUAGCUCGGGUGGUAUCAAGACCUCGGCUGCUACGCUCUCGGCUACGCAGUCUAGUCACACCGGCCAUGCUACGGGUACUGCGACGGGGGAUGUGACGACUCUCACGGGUACUGCUACUACGCUGUCGACUUCUUCUGCUACUGGUACUGGUACUGGUACUGCUGCUACUAAGCCCUCGGGCACGGCGGGGGCUAGCAGCUCGUCGACUGGUGGUGCUGCGCUGCCGACUGGGAUGGUUGGUGGGGUUGUUGCGUUGGUCGCUGGUGUUGCUGCUGUGUUGGCUUAA